ACUUACAUUGUCAGGUGUUUUUUGAGUUGGUAGUAAUGCUGAAAAUAAUUUUUCUUAUUGCCAUUACGGUGAAUGUGUUGAUUUUGGUGUCUUCGACAUACACAUGCGGUGAAAAUGAGGAAUAUGAGGAUUGUCCUGAUACUGUUUGUAGAGCAAAGAGAUGCUCUGAUUUAGGUUUUCCGUUAUCUUGUCCUGAUGUAUUACCAGAUGGUUGUUGUCCAGGACAAUCUGGAUGUAUAUGUAAAUUUGGUUACGUUAGAAACUGUGAUGGCGUUUGCAUACCCUCAAAAAAUUGUCCGUCGUGUGGCGGUGACGAAAAUGCAGUUUCAGGAUGUGGAAUAAAUUGCAAUAAACAUUGCUCCGAUAUAGGCGAUGAACCUAAAGCAUGCAUCCAGCUGUGUUAUCCAAAUGGAUGUGAUUGUAAAAAGGGUUAUUAUUUGGAUGAUAACACUGGAAAAUGUGUUCUUCCUAGUCAGUGCAGUUCAGGACAAUGUAACUCAGUAAAUAUUUCAUCAUCAUCAUCGAAUUCAGCAUCACAAUCAGCAUCACAUUCCAAGACUGAUACUAAAUGUGAUGAUGAAGAUGCUCUGCUACAAGGAAGUAUCGAUUUUACUGGAAAUUUCUUAUAUGAAGUUAUCAAAACAUAUCCAUUAACUAGCGUAGUGAUGUCACCGGUUUCCGUUUUGAUUCCUUUAGCGGAGUUAGCUCUUUAUACAAAUCCUGGGGAUUCGUACAAUCAACUGAUGAACACGCUCAAUCUUACGACCAAAAAUGAGAUUCGAAGUGUUUUCCCGGUGCUUAUAAGUUCGCUGAAGUCACAAAAAGAAGCUAUAUUGGAUUUGGCCGCGAAAAUUUAUGUGAACGAACAAUAUCAACUCACCGAUAAUUUUGAAAACGAUUCACGUGAUGUCUUCGAAGCUGAAGCGGAAAAUAUUGACUUUAGUAAACCUGAACAAGCCGCUGACACUAUUAAUGCCUGGGUUGAAAAAGAAACAAGAGAUCGUAUAAAAAAUCUGGUAUCGCCCGAUAUAUUCAGCGCUGAUACGCGUUUAGUUUUGACCAAUGUUAUUUAUUUCUUGGGCAAUUGGCAGAAUCAAUUUAAUCCAAAUGACACAAAAAAUAAUGAUUUUCAUGUCAAUAAUGACAUAACUAUACAAGUACCGAUGAUGUAUAAAAAGGGUAAUUUUAAAUAUGCGGAGAGUAAAGAUCUCGAUUCUAAAAUCCUGGAAAUUCCAUACAAAGGAGGAAACUUUUCGUAUGUAGUUUUUCUACCAAACAAUGUCGAAGGCUACAAUGCAGUUGCAGAAAAACUUAGAGAUCCCGAUGUAUUUAAUACAGCUCUUGAUCUGUUGAAGUACGAACCUUGUUUCCUUUAUAUACCAAAACAUGAAAUAACUACUAGUAUCGAUUUAGCCGAUAUUCUUAAAAAGCUAAAAGUAACAGAUAUUUUUGAUAUUAACAAAUCGGACUUGAGUGGAAUCCUGAAAAGCCAAGAGAAACUAGGCGUAUCGGCUGCACUACAGAAGGCCAAUAUAAAAGUAGAUGAAACAGGAACUGAAGCGGCAGCUGCAAAUGCAAUUGUUGGGACUACCGCAGGAGUACCUUCUAUCACAUAUACCUUCAAGGCAGAUCACUCUUUUCUAUUCUACCUUUUAAUAAAUAGGAAUCCAUUAUUCUGUGGAGCAUAUGCUGGUGAAGGUUUAAAAUAAAUGAAACAAAAAACAUUUGAGUCGAAUCAAAUGGAAAAAAAAAUGUUUUACAUAAAAGUGGAAAAAGAAAAUUUAUGUUGUUGUUAAUGAAAUUUUUAUUACAAUCUUUAUAUUCAUACUUAAUAAAUAUUCAUAUUUUGGAA